AUGACAGGACAACGUCUUUCAGGAAAAGUCGCUAUUGUUACAGGAGCAGCAAGUGGUAUUGGUUUUGAGACUGCAGUUUUAUUUGCUAAAGAAGGAGCAAAAGUUGUUUGUGCAGACCUGAAUGAAGAAGGUACUAAAAGAACGGUUGCCAAGAUUGCAGAAAUUGUUGGAAAGGAAGGCACAUCAGUUCCUUUCAAGGUAGACGUGUCCAAGGAAGCUGAAGUAAAGGCUUUGGUUGAUAAAGCCGUCGAUACUUUUGGCAAGCUUGAUAUCAUGUUUAAUAAUGCUGGUAUCAUGCAUCCUCAAGAUGAUAACGCGUUAACAACUGAAGAACGCGUCUGGGAUCUUACGAUGGAUAUCAAUGUAAAGGGUGUUUGGUACGGUUGCAAACAUGCUAUUGUUGCCAUGCGUAAGAGCGGAGGUGGAUCUAUCAUAAAUACGGCUAGUUUUGUUGCCCUCAUGGGAGCCGCUACACCUCAAUUAGCCUAUACUGCAUCCAAAGGAGCUGUAUUAGCCAUGACUCGUGAGCUUGCCAUGGUACAUGCUCGUGAAAACAUUCGAUUCAAUUCUCUCUGUCCUGGUCCUAUUCGUACACCUCUUUUAAUGGACUUUUUGAAUACGGAAGAAAAGAAACAGAGACGACUUGUCCAUGUUCCUCAAGGAAGAUUUGGUGAGGCUAUUGAACAAGCUUAUGGAGCUCUCUUUUUAGCUUCCGAUGAGAGUUCAUUUGUCACUGGUGUUGACUUUAGAGUAGAUGGAGGUUUGGCUUCAGCCUAUGUUACGCCGGAAGGAGAACCUAUUGGUCCUGUACCCAAGAACUUUGCGGACAUGUAA